AUGGAGAAAGCCACAGCAUGGAGUGGCACACCCUCCAUCAGAGGCUCAACUGAAGCUAUCCGUAUGUGCUUGCUCGCCGCCUCUCUGGUCGGCAUUCAAUUCUGCUGGGGCUUGGAGAUGACAUACGGCACUCCCUACCUUCUCCAACUCGGUCUCACAAAGUCGAAAACAUCUCUGGUAUGGAUCGCAGGGCCGCUGUCAGGCUUGAUCAUGCAACCAAUAGUCGGGGCUUAUGCGGACAAAUCAACGUCAAGAUAUGGCAGGCGAAGACCUUAUAUGGUCUAUGGAGCGAUUAUCACAGGUGCCGGAUUGCUGUUGCUGGGCUGGACAUCUGAAGUAGUGGGCUACUUCUUGCCCGAGGGCGAUACGAAGAAGAGCACGACAAUCCUGGCUGCUGUCAUGUGCAUAUAUGCCUUGGACUUUUCAAUCAAUGCAGUCCAGGCGUGUUGUCGCAGCUUGAUUGUCGACACAUUACCCAUCUCGCAGCAACAAGCUGGAUCCGCUUGGGCAUCGAGGCUUGUUGCAGCGGGGCAUCUGGCCAGCUACUUUAUUGGCACCUUUGAUCUGGUCUCGAUGUUGCCACCUUGGAUAGGAGGUGACUCCCAGUUCAAGAAAAUGACGGUCAUUGCAACGUUAGCUUUGUGGUUCACGGUGGGCAUAACGUGUUGGGCUGUGACAGAGAGAGUGAGGUUGCCUAGCGAGGACGACAAUACCUCGGUGAAAGAGGUGCUCUUUGGUCUUUGGCGGAAGACAACCAACCUCCCUUCACGCAUACGAGCCAUUUGUUGGGUGCAAUUUUGGAACUGGGUUGGAUGGUUUCCCUUCCUAUUCUACUCAAGCACAUUCGUGGGAGAAAUCUACUAUCGCUACGAACAUCCUGCUCCAGAACCAGGUGUGAAGGAUGAGCACGAUGCUCUGGGAAAUGUAGGGCGACUAGGAAGCCUUGCGUUGGUGUUUUUCUCCUUGACCACCUUCUGUGCGUCGGUCGUUUUCCCAUCCCUCAUCAAAUCACCCGAUGCACCUAAGGUGAAAUUUACCCCAAGACCUCCUGCUUCGAUACCCAAACCUUUGAAGGUGAUCUUGAGCAAGGCCUACAACAUUCAGCCUGAUCUCAUCUCGGCGUGGAGCUUAUCGAAUCUUCUGUUCGCGCUCAUCACGAUAUUUGCCCCUUGGGUCCGCACGCUGUCUUCUGCAACCACUCUGGUGGCUGCUUGUGGCGUACCCUGGGCCAUAUCGUGCUGGGCACCGUUUGGGCUGCUAGGUAUCGAGAUCAACAGGAUGUCCUCUGGAUCACGUGCCAACGUCAACGGAUCGACUGUACCUGGUUACACGGCAGUCCGUGGCAGCUUCGAUGAGAACUACGGUGUCGAAAUAGAAGAUCUACGACAACAUCGCAGGGCCUUUUCUGAGGGUGUGCUGCGACUCAAUCAUCCCGAUGAAGGCGACGCUCAUUCUUCCACAGGAGAGCUUGCAGGCGUCUACCUAGGCGUGUUGAAUGUCUACACGACCCUACCGCAAUUCGUCGGAACUUUUGUUAGUUGGAUUGUCUUCUCGAUCCUAGAGCCGAGCCAGCAUGAUGAUGUCGCUGACGAAGAUCCCGACCAUCAUCGGUGGCUCAAUCUAAAGAAGAAUGCGCCUAAUGCAAUCGCCGUGUGUAUGUUUAUCGGGGCGUUGUGCUCCUUGAUCUCGGCAGAAGCUGCCAGACGGCUGAAGCACUUGGCUUGA